AGUUCACUCCGAUGCCCGCAUCUCAGGCUUCAACUCCUGUUCCAGGCGGCGAAGAAGAUCGCAGAAAGCGGCGCCGCAACAGAACAACCCACUCCUGCCUAAACUGCCAUGCUACCAAGCGUAUGUGCGACAGGAAGCGACCUUGCACACGCUGUGUCCAGUCAGGGAUGGCCGCUCAUUGUACUUAUCAGACAGAUUCAGCAGUCGGAUUCGAUCCCACGCCCAGGCAAGACAAAAGUGCGCUGCUGGCACGCAUUUCUGAGUUGGAACGGAUGGUUGAAGAGCUGAGGGCAUCCGCUAUCCCAGAAACGCAAGGAGAAGAGCCUCGGAAUUCGACUCCAGAAUCCAGCCGCGGUCAUAUGAUGCCUGAAACUUCCCCCUCAGUUCCAUCGGAGCAUUGGCUGCGCCAUGCGCCCGAGAUCGACCGGUACUUUACAAGCCCUCAUACUUCCUCCCACCCUCCAGGUCAGGCCCCAGGCUAUCUCGAAUCUAUCUUUCCGCCUUACAGUAACGAGAUAUCGCACGGAAAACUUGCUUGUCACUGUCUCAGUGAGGCCGAUCAUCAUCGCUCGGCCAUGGAGCUCUCAUCAAGACUGAGGAAAGCCGCCGAUAUUCUCAAUUUGGACAACAUGACCGCGGUGACAAAAUCGACAGGCAUGCGCGCAUUCAGGAAGUGCGCACUUCUCUUCGUGUUCUCCGCGAGUUGCCCUUGAUAAGACGUGCCAGUGAACCAGUUCUCAACAUGAUGAGCACCAGUGGCACCUUUCAAAGACCUCAAGUUCAAGGUGACAACGCGCUGAGGUCUCUCGCAGCCUCUGGGCUUGUCUCAGAUAGUUUUAUGACAUGGAAAGCUUUGUG